GUAAACGAAGAAGAAUUGCAGAUUUAAUGGGCACGACUGCCGGUUCCAGACCGUUAUGUUCAUGCAAAUAUACGGUGUGAUCUCUGAUAAUUUGAUUAUGUCUUUCUAUACAUCUACGGCUCUCGAAAUUCAAUUAAAAAAUUAGAUUUCACAUCGCUAGUUGGCAACAAUUUAUUAUUUUUUGUUAAGAAUUCCAUCUUUACUUUCGGUAGGGGAUAAGGGAAAUCCCGAUUUUUAUACAUUUAAGUCGCGGACCAAAUACUCAUUGUAAAUCGCAGAAAGUUGUUCAGAAUUUUUUUUUUUUCCAUUCCUUUGUAACACGUAAUUAGUAGCUUUUGAUUGAAAUCAUUAAAUAAUGUACCGUCAAGAGAAGCCACUUGUGUUGAUGAGCACUGCUUCAGCUAUCCCAAAUAAUCUGGCAGUAGAUCAGAUUGGGUCUAAGAAAUUUGCAGAACAGAUUGCUGUCAUUCACCCUGGUUAUGUGAGUGUUAUCCCAAUAGAUAGUGAAGAGCAAAAGACAAAAUAUGUGGCUGUCCGUAGUUCAGCAGGGGAAUCAGUUUUGGCUCAAGUUUCACAGGUGAUGUGGUGCAAACUCGGAAAUGAAACUUGGUUUGUGAUUGCCUCCACAUUGGGAAUCCAAAUUUUUGACAGUAAGGCAGAAAAGUGUUUCUUUUCACACCCUUGCCGUGAGGGACCAGAUGUAUCAGACUCAGCUAGUCCCCAACUAGCUACUAUAGGAUCUGAUCUCUUGUGUGUUGGAAACAAUGCAGGUUUCCUCUAUGUUUUUCACUUAUUUGAUCAAAGCUGUGAGGCAGUCCUGGUACAGCACCAAAAGGGUCAUAAGUAUGGAAUUUCUGCUUUAACUGGCCCUAGUGACAAAAACGGAGAUGUUAUUGCAUCUGGAGAUCAAGAUGGCAAUGUCAUUGUAUGGGCUGUCAACAGAGACCAUUUGCACAAAGAUGCAACAUUUCCUUCAUAUGGGUUUGCAUGUACAAGUAUACACAUUUGGCAUAGGCAUAUAAUUGUAGCAUAUGGCUCUGGCCAUAUUCGUAUUUUUAGUGUGCAUCCGACUGCAGCCAUGCUAGUGGAAGUUGCUGCGCAUGCUCGUUGGAUUACUGCUCUUGAUCUUGCCCCAGAUUCAGGUCGACUACUUUCUAUAGGAGAGGAUGCCCUUGUCCGAGUAUGGCAAAUCAGAGAAGAGCAACCCAUGAUGGAACAUCUCUUUUAUACCUCUAUUCGAGAUUCAUUGCUAGUUGGAUCAAGAUUUCUCACUUCCAAUGGUUCUGCUUUCUGUGUUGCUGCAUAUGACAGCUGUGAAGUGCACUGUUUUCACCUUAGCUAACUUUCUAGUCAAGUUUCUACAAUUUUUGUCUAGAAAAAUAUUUUAACAUUUGAAGAUGUAAGUGCAUGGAAUUAUCUUUUCAGGGCUAAAUAAAUGAAAAUGAAAAUUUU